AGAUAAGCGUCGCGUGAUUUCCAUCAUUUUUUUGUCACUUACUAAUAGUCUGUUCUUCUUCUUCCGAUUCUCUGCCAAGGGAAAAAAAGCCACCGAUCAUCUUUUUGGAAAGCAAAACGCGAAGCUUAAGAAUGACUUUCUGUAUAAUCGAAGAGAACCGGCCGUGUGAGUUCAUUUCAACCCGGGAAUUCGUUAUUUGAGAAAAAUCCUUGUGGAAAUUUCUCGGCCCAUCUCUCUUUUGCGACUGGGAGCUCUUCGUUGAGAAUUUGAUGGAUACCAAUAACUGGAGGUCUACUCCUCUAAGUGGAGAGGCCCCCAUGGACACAGAUGAUUGGAGAACACAGUUGCAGCCAGAUUCACGACAAAGAAUAGUCAACAAGAUAAUGGAUACAUUGAAGACACACCUUCCAUUUUCUGGUCAAGAUGGUUUAAAUGAACUAAGAAAAAUUGCUGUACGGUUCGAGGAAAAGAUUUUUACGGCAGCAACAAGCCAGACUGAUUAUCUAAGGAGAAUAUCCUUGAAGAUGCUUACAAUGGAAAACAAGUCUCAGAAUGCUAUACCCACCACAGGGAAUAACAGCAAACCACCUGAUCCAGGUUCUCAGGGCAUGCAGAACCAAGUACACAGUCAGGGGCAAUCAGUUCCCAUCUCACUACAAAGUAGCCAAUCUCAAGCACAACUGUUAUCCCAGAGUGUUCCGAAUAGCAUGGCACCUGCAGGAGUUCAAAGUUCUGCUGGUUUACCAUCUGGAAUGCCUACCGUAUCCCAAAAUCCUGUACCUAAUGUUGUUGGGCAGAAUUCCAACAUACAGAACAUGCCUGGAAUUUCACAGAACUCACUGGGGCAAGGGAUGUCCUCCAAUGUUUUUGCUAAUCAGCAGCGACAAAUGCAAGUAACACAACAGGUGCUUCCACAACCGCAACAACAGCAGCAGCAUCCAUACCAUCAGCAGUUACAAAAUCAACUUAUGAAACAACAGAUUCAACAGGGAAAUAUUCAGCCAUCACUUAUGCAGUCUCACAUGCAGCAUCAGCAGAAUCUGUUACCACGUACUCAGUUGCAAUCUUCCCAGCAAUCUGGCAUGCAAACAUCUUCCGUUAUACAGCAAUCUUCCAUGCAAGCAACUCCUGUUCCUGGUGUUCAACACAAUCAGCAAUCUUCUCUACAACAGCCUACUCAGACCAUGCUUCUGCAGCAGCAACAGGCUGCCACUGCUGGUAUUCAUCGACCACCACCAAUGGCACAGCAGUCAAUGAUGCCUCAGCAACAACAUCAGCCUACACAUACACAACAGCAGCAACACAUAAUGGGACAACAGACAAAUGCUGCAAAUAUGCAGCAAAAUCAGUUAAUUAGACAACAAAACAGCAUUGUGGAAAUGCAACAGCAGAGGUUUCUAGGACAGGCUAAUAAUCUUCCAAACCUGCAGCAACAGCAGCAGUUAAUGGCUCAGAAAAACCUGUCAAAUAUUCAUCAGCAACAGUUGGGUCCUCAGAGCAAUAGUUCUGGAUUACAGCAACAUCAGCCACAAUUGAUUGGAGCUCAGUCGGGUAACUUAAGCAUGCAAACUAACCAGCAAUCUUUACACAUGCUAUCCCAGCCUAAGGUUCCACUCCAACAAACGGAGCAGAGUGCACCUAAUUUGUUACCAACCCAAGGGCAGACAUCCCAGCAGUCACAGCAGCAGCAGCAGCAGCAAUUGAUGUUGCAGAUGCAAUCACAGUCUAGUUUGCAGCAACAAUUGGGUCUGCAACAGCAACCCAAUCAAUUACAACCAAAUAUACAGCAAAGGCUUCAAGCAUCAGGUCAAGUAUCAAACUCCUUGCUUCAAUCGCAAAAUUUGACAGAACAGCAAAAGCAGUUGUAUCAAUCACAGAGAGCUGUUCCGGAGACAUCAUCAACAUCUUUAGAUUCCACAAACGGCAGUGAUUGGCAAGAAGAGGUAUAUAAGAAGAUCCAGACCUUGAAGGAGACAUACCUGCCCGAAUUAAAUGAGAUGUACCAGAAAAUUACUACUAAGUUGCAGCAGCAUGAUUCUAAUCCACAGCAGCCAAAGUCAGAGCAGCUUGAAACGUUGAAACAAUGCAGGACAAUGUUUGAGCGCAUUUUAGCUUUCUUAUCUGUUUCCAAAGCUAAUAUAACACCCCGUUUGAAGGAGAAUUUGAGUUCUUAUGAGAAGCAUAUAAUAAAUUUUGUAAGUUCCAUUAGGCCAAGGAAACCUGUCUCCAUGAUGCAGCAAGGACAGCUUCCUCCACCUCAAAUGCAUUCCAUGCAACAGGCACAAACACAAACUAAUCACACACAGUCUCAUGAUAAUCAAAUGAACCCUCAGUUGCAGUCAAUAAAUUUACAAGGUUCUGUGCCGGCAAUGCAGCCUAACAACAUGACAAGCAUUCAGAAUAAUUCUUUGUCGACUGGGGUUUCGACAGCACAGCAGACCAAGUUAAAUUCAUUACAACCAGGUUCCAAUAUGGAUUCAGGACAAGGUAAUGCCCUUGGCUCAAUGCAGCCGGUUGCUCCAGGACCCUUACAACAGAAUCCUGUGAGUACCUCCCAGCAGGCAAAUUUUAAUAGCUCGACAUCACAAAGUGGGGUAAGUGGCCUGUCGCAAAACAUUAAUCCUCUUCAGUCAAAUUCCAACAUGCUUCAGCACCAGCAUAUGAAACAACAUCAAGAACAUCAAAUGAUGCAGUCACAAAAGUACAAGCAACAGUUUCAACAUCGCCAACUACAACACCAGUAUAUUCAACAGAAGCAGCAGGUACUGCAACAACAGCAGCCACAGCAGCAAGCAAAGCAACAGCUGUCCACUCAAUUGCAGACACACCAUGUGCCCCAGCUGCAUCAGAUGAAUGAUGUGAAUGAUAUGAGGGAGGGGAUGGGUGCUAAGCCAGGGGUAUUCCAACAUCUUCUGGCAAGCCAGCGUCAAUCUUAUAACCAUCAACAGUUGAAACCAGGAGCGCAAUUUCCUGUUUCUUCACCUCAGCUACUUCAGGCUGCAUCUCCUCAGAUGCCUCAGCAUUCUUCCCCACAGGUUGAUCAGCAAAACCUGUUAAAAGCUGGAACUCCCUUGCAAUCUGCAAAUUCACCUUUUGUUGUUCCUUCACCUUCAACACCUUUGGCUCCAUCACCUAUGCCUGGGGAAUCUGAAAAACCUGUUCAGGGCACUUCUCUCCCAAAUGUUGCUACUAUCGGAAAUCAACAAGGAACUGGUGUUCAAGCAGGCUCCCAAUCCCUUGCAAUUGGCACUCCACGGAUAUCAGCCUCCCCUCUGCUUGCUGAGUUCGCUGGUGGUGAUGGAACUCAUCGUAAUGCUUUGAAAACUGUUUCCAGCAAGUCGAACAUUACCGAGCAACCACUUGAUCGUUUAACGAAAGCAGUGAAAUCCAUUUCAUCUAUAGCAUUGCGGGCAUCUGUAAGUGACAUUAUCUCAGUUGUCAGCAUGACUGACAGGAUAGUGGGCUCAGCCCCAGGUAAUGGGUCAAGAGCUGCAGUGGGUGAGGAUCUGGUUGCUAUGACAAAGUGUCGUCUGCAAGCAAGAAGUUUCAUCAGUCAAGAUGGAAUGAGCGGGACAAAGAAAAUUAGACGUCACACUAGUGCCAUGCCCCUAAAUGUUGUAUCAUCUGCAGGUAGUUUGAAUGAUAGUUUCAAAUUAACUGGUUCAGAGGCAUCUGACUUGGAGUCAACUGCAACAUCUAGUGUCAAGCGGCCAAGAAUUGAGGCUAAUCAUGCCCUUUUGGAAGAAAUAAGGGAAAUAAACCAGAGACUUAUAGACACAGUGGUUGAUAUCAGUGAUGAAGAUGUCGAUCCAGGUGCUACAGCUGCAACCAUUGAAAUGGGUGAAGGAACCAUUGUCAAGUGCUCUUUCAGUGCUGUGGCUCUCAGUUCAAAUUUGAAAUCACAGUACAUGUCAGCACAAAUGUCACCAAUUCAGCCCUUGCAUUUGCUGGUCCCCACAAAUUAUCCAAAUUGUUCCCCGAUCCUAUUAGACAAGUUUCCAGUUGAAGUCAGUGAGGAGGACGAAGACCUUUCGGUGAAAGCGAAGUCUAGGCUUAGUUUAUCACUCCGUAGCCUUUCGCAGCCUAUGUCACUCGGUGAGAUAGCAAGGACUUGGGAUGUUUGUGCGCGAGAGGUUAUUUCCGAUCAUGCAAAACUGAGUGGUGGUGGCAGCUUUAGCUCAAAAUAUGGGGCUUGGGAGAAUUGCGUGACUGCUGCAUAGCCGAUGACAAGAAUUCCCCACAACUGCUAUCACGAGGACUUGAUAAGCAGUUUUUGGAUCAACAUAUUUGUAAUUCGAAGCAACAUUCUCAGGUGAUAUCUAUUGAUUCGAGAGAGUUCUCUCGAAUCCGAAUGACAUUAAAAUAAUUACUGUCGGAAGGUAAUUAUUCUCAGACUCGUAGGGUACGAAACAUGGUCGCAUCUGGGUCAACUAGGCUACACUUGUUGUGUCUACCUAUAGCAGUUCUUUGAAUGAUUAAAUGGGGAAAAUCCUUCGUUUCUCAUAUGUUAAUAAAUGACAAUGCAGAAUCAUUCACAAUA